UGUGUUUAUGUGUGUUUAUGUGUUUGUGAUUGAGUAACUCCGGAUGAUGACAUGUGUGUUUGUGUUCAUCAUGCAGAUUUCUACGAGAGGACGAGGAAGGCGACAGUCAUCAGGAAAUGAUUCCACAUGAAGCGAAGGGAACGCUUCUUCACAGCAGGCGCUCCUCUCCACACUUCAGACUGAGAGCCAGGCCCAGCAGACCUUAAAGCGCUACAACAGAGUGUGAAAAACAAACUGACAGACAGAGAGAGAGAAAGAGGAAGUGUCAUAAAAGAGAGAGAGAGAGAGAGACAAAGAGAGAAAGAGAUCUAAAGAGACAUAGGAAAACAACACCACUCUUUCACACACAAAAAAACAAUAAAACCAGGAGGAAGCCACCAUGAAGUCAAGCCACGAGCGCGGUAACGAGUGCCUGCCCCCUAAGAAGCGGGAGCUGCUGGUGCUGGAGGAGAGGGCCCUGGCAGCCGUCGGGGAGAGCCAGCGGGGGGAGAACCUCGCCUGGCUGGCCAGCGUCGCCAGCAUGGCCUCCAUGGUCCCGGUGGGAGGCAACCAGAACAACAACGCCGCCGCCGGGGGGAACGGCACCGCUGAGGCGCAGAGCCCGUCGCACGAGAUCCUGUCGGUGGUGACCGAGUUCCAUCCGUCCCUCUCCACGUCGUCAUCUUUACCGCCAUCUUCUUCGUCGUACUCCUCCUCUUUGUCCACUACCUCCAUGUCCAGAGGGGUCAGUGCCGGGGUUACGCAGUCUGGCCACCACACCAUCUUCUGCACUAGCCUGGCUCAGCCGACCGGGACCGUCCAGUACGCCCCGCUCCCACCGAACCUCCAGCUCAUCGGGCCCUACACCGGCUACAUCUCCUCCCAGGUCCAGCCACAACGGCACCAGACGGAAGCUUACGUCACAGCCGUCGUCUCCCAGGCAGCCUCCAAUGGAGACCACCACCACCACCAUCAGCAGCAGCACCACCAUCAGCAGCAGCAGCACCAUCAGCACCACCACCUUCAGCAGCAGGGAGGCCUGGGCGCAGCGACGCUGGCCAUGUCUGGAGGAAUGUCCUCCCCAGUUCCUCAACUCACCCAGCCCACCACUCAGUGCAUCCAGCUGGAGGGCUCCUCUCUGGGGAUGUCUGUCUCCUCCCCGACAACCCAGCUCCCGCUGCACCUACACCCCCACUCCGCCACGGUCCUCACCCCCCACACCCUCACAUUGGGCACCUCCCAGCUCCUGGUGCACUAUGCCGAUGCCCCCCCAGCUAAGCUGGCAGACGGUCAAACCAGGGAGAUCUGGUCAAACGGGCAGAUUCUGGAGACGGAUGCCAGCAGACAUGCUGGCGGUGUGGUCAAGGUCACGUCGGGCAUGCAUGACAACAACCAGCGGCACCAGGCCCAGAGCAUGAGCCUGGCAGCCCGCACCCAGGUGCUGCUGCCUGCAGAGUACGCCCAGGAUAGCCCUGCCCUCCACGCCUCUCUCAUGCUGGUGCCCAGCAGUGCUGCUGAUCUCCAGCGCAGCCUCAGCAAGGACCUGGCCCUUUUGCCCCGAGCAGAGAAAGGGGGCAUUUGCCUGGGCAAGCCCAUUUCCAGAGACUCCAGAGACUCCAGGGGUUCCACGCUCUCCCUGUCCUCUUUGGAAAGUUUGGCCUCGCCGGCUCCCACGCUGUCACCUCACGCCGUCCUCCAGACAUCCCAUGCCACCGCCCAGGAGAUGGCGGCUGGCAUCUACCAGGCCACCCCGCUGCCGAUCAUCGGAUACAUCUCCGGAGGGUCAUCCCAGCAGCCCGGCGGAUACCAUGGCAACCUGACGCAGCACCUGCUGAUCUCGGGCAGUCCGUCCCUCCUCAUCCCCGUCUCUGCCGGGGCGGGGCCAGCGGAGAACGAGGCCACGACCUGCACAUUUGUCACCGCCCCUUCUGCUGUCGUUCCCUCGACCAGUCCCCCAGCUUCUGUGGUGCAGGCACCUCUUGCCACGGCCCACGCUUACGUAAGCCCCAUGCCAGUCGCUGCCCUCCCCGACUCUGGCACUGCAAUAUCAGACAGUCACCAGAACCACCAUGUGGUCCAGGUGUCCCCUCAGCAGACCCAUGUGGUCCAGCUGCCCCCGCAGCCGCCCCCUGCCUCUCCCUCGGCCUCCAUGCCGCCGUACUUCAUGCGCGGCUCCAUCAUCCAGCUGGCCGACGGGGAGCUGAAGCGGGUGGAGGACCUGAAGACGGAGGACUUCAUCCAGAGCGCCGAGUUGAGCGGCGAUCUCAAGAUCGACUCGAGCACCGUUGAGCGCAUCGACUGCAGCCACACGCCUGAUGCGGUCGUCAUACAGUUCUCCGUCGGAGAGCACAAAGCACAGGUGAGAGUGGAGGUCCUGGUCGAGUACCCAUUCUUUGUUUUUGGGCAGGGAUGGUCAUCCUGCUGCCCUGACAAAACCACCCAGCUUCUCGAGCUCUCCUGUGCCAAACUCUCUGUGGGCGACGUCUGCAUCUCCCUGACGCUCAGGAGCAUAAGGAACGGCUCGCUGAGGAAAGACCAAACCACAGAGCCCAUGGGCACGAACAGCGUCUCCUCAGCCAAACCAGCCAAGGCUGGGGGACCACCCAGAGAUCAAGAACCCCCAAGAGAGGGCCUGGAAAACGGGCCGCGGUUAGUCGAUCAGCGGCCCCCUGGAAGCGGGUCUGGAGGAGAACCAGGGUCUGGAGCUGGGGGGCAGCACGUCAGGACGAUCCAGACACACCAGACUCUCGUGGAGAAUGGCAGAAGGGGGGCGCCCCAGGAGUCUGGAGCACCCGAGAGGCCAGCAGCUGGCCGCAAGAGGCGGUGGUCGGCCCCGGAGGAACGGGAGGCAGAGCGACUGUACGAGGAGACGCCUCCCUCGACGCUCCCCAAACUCUCUUUCAUUCCUCAGGAGGUCAAAAUCAGCAUUGAGGGCAGGUCAAGUACUGGGCGCUGAAGUCUUGCUUGUCAUGGCCAGAGGGACAGUAGAAGGAGUAAAAGAAAACCAUGAAGUUCUUUGUGUUUGUGAUUAAUAUACACGUAAAAAAAAGACAUAUAUAAAUAUAUAUAUAUUUUUUCCUUUCUAUCCUGAUUACUGUAACUUCUGCUCAAUUUACACAGUAUUUACUUCUUCUCUGACUGUUGCUUCAUUUGGUAACCACACGUAGACCUCCUUUCGAAGUGAGUUGCACACGGAGUCAGAUAGUCAUUGGGGGCCGAAGGACAGUUGGCAUGGAGACACUACUGCAAAUAAUACUGGAUUGUGAUGUUCAGUCACAGUUUUGUCGUGACUGUGUAUUCCCCCACUCAUGCCACUCUGCAGACGAGGGGAGAAAGAUGCUGUUUCCUAUCUGUUUAGUUACUGCUCCUUUCCCCUCCUCUUUGCCGUUGCCCCAAGGAUAUAAAGAUGGAGAACCGCCAUGGCUAACAUGCUACUUAGCAAUGUAUUAUUCAUAUUGACUUUCUGCAUAUACUGUAUGUCUUGUACGUGGAUUCAAGUGAAUGAGCAUGCUAACUAGCAAGUUAGCCAUAGUUAGGCUUAGUUUUUAAAAAGACAGGAGCUGGGAGCAGACAAAAGGAGCAAUAACGUAAGGUUUCAGUUGCAGCCAGGUCAGUAAAGUGCAGUAAAAUAUAUAGGUGGUUAUCCCUGAGGUAGAAUGUUUGUAGUAACAUUGGUUUUAAACCAGUCCAAUAGCAGACGCCAACACCACAUGCACAAAGAACUAAAGCCUGAUCUUGUCUCAUCCGGUGCCCUGGGCGUUCAGAAGCGUGCACACCCAGUGUCAUAGCACUUUACCUAACACAAAGCGUACUCGCAGAUGGAAAACACCGACCUCUGUUUUGUUUCCGUGGCAACAGGGUGUGUUAGUGAGAACUGCAUAUGAUGUCAGCACCGUCCUGACUGUUUUAGCCUGUCCUGAGUGACCUCAAACUCAUUACAUACAGUUCGUGCUGUUUUUUUUUAAUAGUAUAGGCUGUAUGUGAGCAAAACUACUUAUUUGAGAGCUCAGCGGAGCAGAAAUAGCAGGCGCUACUUACUUGACUUUACUUGCAGGUCCAAGAGAUUUUUUUUGUUUUGGUGGGAGUGGGAGUAAGGGUGGGAGUAUAGGUGUUAUGUGUAGGUGUAACAUGAAUGUAAGGUACUGUCCAUACCAGUUUCUGAAUAUAUGAGCCCUCACUGCUACGCCCUUGUGACACUUGUCGUUUGGAAAAUAAUUCAGAACUGUCAUCACAGUGACUUCAACGCAGUUCAGGAGUUUGAGGGGAGCAUUAUCUGGAACUGGAACCCAGCAGUGGUAGUAAGAAGCCUAUGGAUGAGAACCUCUUUCACCAGUCACAGGCUUUCUGUCCUUGGUGAAUAUAGAGCACAGUAUGCAGCUCCAAAGAGAAGGUUUAAAUGGAUGACAUGACAGACACAAGGUCAUGCCCGACAUGCCCCAAAGUCUCUACUGAGAACGUCAGCUUUGGCCGGGGGUCAGACAGAUUUUUAAAGGGAAAUGAAAUAGCUCUAAGCAAAAUCAGCCUGACUUAUGUUAACCUCCAAUUUAGUGUGAGCAUAAUCAAACUUAGGUAGCCAUGAUUAAUUUUUUACUUGUAUAGUAUUAUCUAGUAUAACUCCAAGAAGUUCAUCACUGGUUGGAUCAGUAAUGUGGUUUAGGGGUACUUUUGAACCAAGCGCUAGCAUGGUCAAACACUUGGUGGUACAGAGGUUAGCAUCGCUGCCUUCAAAGCAGUUGACCUGGGUUUGAUUCAUGGUCAGUGCAGGAUGUCUUUGCAAGUCACAUUAGACAAAAGGGGUCUGCUCAAUGCCUCACCAUGAAAUGUGGUAUGUUUUAAAAGUAGACAUUGAAGUUUGAAUCUUCGCGUCUGAAAAAGCUCCCCACACAAACAGGAAGCGGUAGCUAGCCUACUGUGUGGUCAACAAGCAAAAAAAUGCUUAAAGGAACACUACCAAUAAACACUUUAAAAACACA